CUUGACAGCAUAAUGCGCGCUCUCGUGUUCCCCGGAUGCGUGUUUACUCAGUCUCCUCUCUCUCCACCCUUGAAACGAGAGAGAAGUACGGAGUGUAAGGGACAUCGUUUCAGAAGAAAUCCUUCACGAAAGAUCGAGAACUUACAACACACGGGUGCGAAGCACGAGUAGCAUUUUUAUGCGCGAAGGAAGUCCCACCAAGGUUAAUUAUCUCUGGAAAAACAACUUCAGACACGGAGAAAUCACGAACCUGUGAGGAUGGAGCAGGCAUACGGGGCAGGCAAGGCUGGCGGAACCUUCGACCCGCUUACCUUCUUUCAGCAGCCGCAGACUAUUCUUCGUUUAGUGUCAUGGAUCUUUUCCAUUGUCAUUUUUGGAUGUAUUGCCAAUGAGGGCUACACAAACCAUCCAGAGGUAGAGCAGGAGUUCUGCAUCUUCAACAGGAACCAGAACGCCUGCAACUAUGGAGUGGGGAUGGGUGCACUGGCUUUUCUCUGUUGCGCUGCUUUUCUGGCUCUUGAUGUGUACUUUCCACAGAUAAGCAGCGUCAAGGAUCGUAAGAAAGCUGUGCUGGCUGAUAUCGGUGCUUCAGCAUUCUGGUCUUUCAUGUGGUUUGUGGGAUUCUGUUUCCUUGCCAAUCAGUGGCAGGUGGCCAAACCAGAAGAUAACCCCCUGAAUGAGGGCGGAGACGCAGCCAGAGCCGCCAUAACCUUCUCCUUCUUCUCCAUUUUCACUUGGGCCGGUCAGGCUUUCUUAGGAUAUCAGAGGUACACGCUAGGUUCAAGCUCAUCACUCUUCUCUCAGGACUAUACCGAUCCAAGCCAGGAUCCAGCAGCAGCGCCCUCUACAGACCCUGAAUACACUGGAUACAACGCUGACGUGGAGGCCAGUUAUGACGGCACUGGUGGUGGGUACCAGAGCCAAAACUAAGGAUGUACGCAACAGUCUUAACAAGCUAGGCUGGUAGGGUUACAAGGGGAAACUGGAACAUUUGGGGUGACAAGGAUGAACAUGAACAUUGGGACUCAUUUUUGGUAAUUGGGUGGAUGAUGGGGACCAAAGCUGAUGUGAACUUUAAGUGGUUGAGGGAAUGAGAAAACCAGGGUUUUGGUUGGUGCUAAUAGCCCCCUUUAUACUGAGUUUGGUGUAGAUAUUGCUAUUUUUGUCUCUUGGCUUGAUGUCCCAAAAAGCUAAAAUGUUUGCCCAUAGCAUUAGGGGUUAAGACAUUAGGAACAACUAUUUAUUGGUUAAUAGAUAAAGUAUAUAGAAAAUUUAACUGAUUCGUUAGUUUCACAAACUUUCCAAAUUUGGAAAUCAACGACCUCCCUUUCCAGUGUGGUCAAAGACACUAUCUAGCUUGGUACUAAUGAUACCUGUAACAAAACACAACCAAACUAAAUGCUUUCUAAGACCACAGUGUCUUUUUGUUGGUAAACGUUUAUUUCUUUAACUCUUGACCUCUAAUGGAACAGAUCGGUCUACUCCAUGAAUAGCUCUUUGCUGCCAUAUUGUCAUAGACCAAGAUAUUUUUAUUUUUCUGAUCAGAUUGAAAAAAAAUCUGUGUACAAUAUUACAUGUUAUAUGGUCUGUAAUCCAAAAUAUUAUUUUAUACUAAGCGAAAGUAAAAAAGUGACUCGUAGCCUAGCGAAGGUGAAUGUGGAGUGAGUUUAUAACAUAUUUAAUUUAGUGCUAAUGACAACAUGACUCCAUCUACUAUUCUUACUCCACAUUGAAGCCUAAAAUGGAUGUUUUUGCGUGGAAGAACAGACAUACUUAUCAUUUACAUCUAUGAAUCGUCAAGUUAUUAUAAUUAUCUAUAACUUUAUCAUUAUGAAUGUUAAAAGGUUCCCCUGUUGUAAGUUUUUCAUAAUUGUCUUGAGAGAAUAUAAAUGCUGUUUUGAACAUGACUCUUAAAUUAGCAGGGUUUUACUUUACAAAUAAAUCCACUGGGUGUUUUUAAGUUACAGUAAAUGUAUCUGAAUAUAUGAAACCAGCAUAUUUGUAUUUACAAAGAUGUAGUAUCAUCAAGUACAUAAACAUUUAUUACCAAAAUAAUUCUCAGAAAAGACCGAAGUUAACAAAAAUAAUAAUUUAUAUUGCAUUGUAUAUUAUUAUAAAGUGUAGAAGUUGAUCAUUUUUCUCUUUAGAAAGUAAUAUUGUUUUCUGAAUCAGGAAACCUUUUUAUCUCUUGUUGAAAGGAAAGCUGUAAUACAAUCGGCAUAUUAUAUAGAUGAUGUGUUGUAUACUGUACAUGUGCAAUUGUGGAGCUGGAGUUAUAUGUGAAUUAACUGAAUCAGGUUAUAAGUGUGUGUGUGUUUUGUCUUAUAUGUUGCUUGUUUAAGAUGUCUGAUAAAACUUAUAAUAAAAACAUUGACUGGUAGCUUA